CCGACUCUGAAGCUGUAAUUAGCUAUAUUAAUUUGGUUUACUUAUUUGAUUGAAUUUGUUAAUUAAAAAAAGUAAAACCAUUCUUCUUGAAUGUAAAAGGGAAAAUACUGUAAUUUUUUGCUUACUAAAUUCUUCGAGUAGAGUUGCCUACAUAUUCUUGGCCUUUCCAUACAUUAUUAUUCACGGACAAGUGGGUCACUGGAAAGCUUGGCAAUUUUUUUCUAAAGUAUUUUUUUACAUUUUACUGGUUAUUUCGGGGUUUGGUUUUUGGAUUUUAAACGGAUUUCGCACAAAAUUUUUUUUUGAUUUACACAAUGGCACCUAUCGCCGAUAAAGCAGUUCUAUUUGGAUCGCAUUUACAAUCUCUCGACAAUUUCAACAAUGUUUUAGAGGACACACUCAAUAUUCCCAAGUUUCUCUGUCAGUAUUGGGAAUCCGAUGCAUUCAGCAAGGACAUUUCAAAAGAAGACUUUGGAGAUACAGCUAUUCAACUAUUGGAAUAUUUUAUUCAGACAAAUUAUACUGGCCCGUUCCUUCCUAUUGAUCCAGUUCAUUGGCUUCCCCCAAGUCUUCGUAACCACGAGAAACUUCAUGCGUCUAUCUUGGAGGCUUUAACGGAAGAAGGUGAACGCCCUUAUCAUUUAACACCCAAACUUUUAUUCAUAUUACUUGCACAAACUUUGUUUGAAUAUGCUCAAAGCUCCAAGCCCGCCCAUAUCUGGCAUCGCAUUCGUUUGGACUUUCUCCACCAGCAGCUACUCAGAAGUCAUGUUUCUGUUCUAUUUAACCGAAUUACAGAAAAUGCGCAGCUACUAAAUGGCUAUAUUCAAACACAAGACCAAGAUACACAAGGUCGUUUUGCAAUGGAGCUUGGAUUGAUUCAAUCCUACUACGACAGAGAUGCUGCAGCUUUGCAGUUAUUAAAAGAUUCUGGUAGUAUCAUGGGCUUCAAUUUUGAACUUACGGGUGCCGCUGGCCGAAGGACUAAAUUUCAAACAUUUGACACCUCACAAUUGGUUGUUUUGGCAAAGUCUCGCGAUCGUAAUUCAGGAACGCCGCUUUCUGAACAAUCCAAAACACAGCCUAAGACAUUUAAUUUGAAUGAUGACACCCUUUUGGAAAGAGUUAGUUUCAAAGAGGAUUCAAUGAGUUUGGGAGUUAAAGAAAACGUGAAUCCUCUACUGGCAACGGAGGAUCCAAAUCAUCCCUCGGAAUUGCACCCUCUGGAUGCUUCUCUUUUGUUAGCUUUUUGUCAUAUUAUAAAAAACAACAAUCCCGAUGAUGGUUUAACCCGCGAGGAAAUGUCUCCCUAUGCUGAACGAGUGUUAGUUCACCCAAUCAACUGGUCAGUGUAUACCAUGGGUCUAUUAGUCCGUGCUCGACUUGAAGGCUUUAAAAGUAGAACUGUCGAAAGAAGUGUUUUACAGAUGCAAGCUUUGUUCGACCAACUCAAUGAUGAACUUAGCUCUGGCGCUUCUACCGACGACGUAGACCAACAAACCAAUACCGGAUCAUUUUUGCCAAAACCAAAAGAGGAGGGAGAAACUGCUUCUUUGCAAGAACGUUUAGCCUAUUUCUAUAGUUUACGUUUACCUUCUCGUUGGCAAUUAGAAGCUGAACUUGCUGAACGCUUCGUUUCCGUGGGUGCUACUAAAUCUGCACUGGAAAUCUAUGAACGUUUGCAGAUGUGGGAUCGUGUCGUCGUCUGUCAGUGUUCUCUCGAUCGUAGUGAUUUAGCUGUACAAGUUAUCGAAAGGCAACUAAGUAUCGAUCCAAAGGAACAUUUAUUGCGUACUAUGCUUGGAGAUAUCCAAAAUGAACCUAAGCAUUACAUGGAUGCCUGGGAACUUUCUGGUGAGCGUUACGCUCCUGCUCAGCGAUCGUUGGGACGCUAUUAUUUCAAGCAAGGUGAGAUGAUGAAAGCUAUGGAUGCUUUUUAUAAAUCUCUUCGUAUCAAUCCGUUGUCACAUCCCACUUGGUUUACCUAUGGAUGUGCUGCAUUGGGCGUGAAGAAUUAUGAUGCUGCCAUGGAAGCUUUCACACGUUGUUUGUCAAUCAGUCCGGAAGAUGGCGAAAGCUGGAAUAAUUUAGCAAGUGCAAUGCUGAAGGCAGACACUCAUUCCAAGAAAGAGGCCUGGCAUACUAUCCAACAAGGUCUAAAGUACAUGUACGACAGUUGGCGCGUUUGGGAAAAUUAUAUGUUAAUUUCUGUUGAUGUGAACCAGUGGACAGAGGUUAUUCGUGCUCUUCGCCGAAUUAUAGAAAUCAAAAGCAAAGCUGCAGGGGAGAAAGCAGUAGAUGUUCAGUGUUUAGAUUUAGUUGUCAGUCAUGUGAUGCAAACUUGUGAUGAUGAUUCAGCUGGUAUUGCAAAGAUGUUGAACGAAUUGGUAAGGAUCAUUAUUCCUUUAAUUACGAAUGACACUCGACUUUGGAAAAUUAUAGCUCGUUAUAACCUUUGGAAGAGAAAAUAUGCAGAGUCUUUAGAUGCUACUAUAAAGUCUUAUAGAAUCUUGAUAUCGAGUCCCAAUAUCACAACGGAUGAGGCUACUUGGAACAGAACGGUUGCAGACGCGUUAGAACUAGUGGAGGCGUAUGAGAAUCUUGGCGAAAAACCUGGAAGAAUGGGUGGUGUAGUUGCGAAGGAUUGGAAAUUUAAAUCUCGAAGCAUCUUACGUUCCUUACUGGGAACAGGCAAAGAUUCAUGGUCUGAAACUGAAUCGUAUCAAAAGAUAUUAGAAACUCUUAAAGAACUUCGGUAAAUUUCAUGUUAGGUCGAUAAUAUUCAAUUAUCUUGCUUUUAUUUAUAAGCACUUGUCAUCAAC